UUGCUUGUCGCUCGCACGGAUACUUUCUCCUGUGAGUUAGAUGUGACCUAGUUUGCAUCUGUGUCACACCAACAACUAUAUAAAAGAUAAAUCUUGGGAAUUUCACAUCUGCAAGCACGACUUCAAUCUGAAGUAUUCUCCCCGUAGCUCAGUUGGUUUAGAGCGUCUGACUGUAAUAUCUGCUGUCAUCAGAAGGUCCCUUGUUCGACUCAUGGUGGGGAGAUCAGACAUGUUUUUUUGCUCCUUUGUGGGCAUUUUCGCGAUGCGAUUUCUGCCACCUAGUGUCAUGACGGCCCUGCUUACGUCACUAGCUUGACUCGCAAACCUGGGCUUCAUUACGGCACACACCAGACUGCCAGAACGAGAAGCAUCAUGUGGCCCAAACGCCCUGGGCCAUGCAUUCGAAAUGGCUUCGAAAGCCCCACGCCGAACUACGGCUCGCGAACUUUUUUGUCCCUCCCUGCCAGCUGAGGUGUGGAUCAACGUCUUCCGCUAUCACACCGACCUCGCGCACCUCUGGAAUGUCGUGCGACGCGUCUCCCCUACCCUCCGCGCAUGUGUCGAGCAUGCAUUCGGCGAGCACUUUCUCAAAGAGAUACACAUAGACUUCCAGCUCGAGAAGUACAAUCUGGGUGGGAAGAGCAAGAGGCCAGAGGUGUCCACGCGGCUCGCGCGACGCGGCAAAGGCAAAGAUAAGCUCACAGCGUGGUUCAAAGAUGAGCGACCAGAUCCCGGCUCGGAGAAAGCAGGAGGAAAGAAGGACCGCGAGCACUACCACAAAGUAACGCGUCGCUGGGAAGAAAACGUCAAGAACUGGAAAGCCGAGAUGCCCAACUACACAAUCAGCAUCGGAGACCUACUAGUAAAUGACACCGAGCUACCCGACCUCAGCAUCGACGUCGCAGCACGCGAAAUCAACUUCAACUGGAAGAACAUGCUCCAACUCUUCUUCCGCGAACAAGAACGCCUCCGCAUCCUCAAAGACGAAUGGCACAUCAAAACUGCCAAGAAGAUUCAAGCCAACAAUGCGCGCCUCAAAAAGGGCGAGAAGCUCAUGCCUUCUGAUUACCCACCGCCGUGGUCGACCGCCGAAGCAGAGAUAAGGAAGGAUAUCAGGCGAGCGAGGUUGAAGGAACAUUAUCGCGACGACGAGCAGAUGGUGUGGGCGAUCGACUCGUUGAAGCAUUUUGAACAAUAUGGCGCGGCGGCUGGUAGUGCGAAGGCGCUUAAGCUGAACCCGGAUUUGCCGGGUGCUGGGCUGGGUGAGAAGUGGUUUGGGAGUGUGAAUUUGGUGCAGGAACUUUAUCUCGAUGAGUGGAGUUGUAUGCAUCGGAUUGACACUAAGGUUGAACAUAUUCGGAAUGGGACAUGAAGGGCGGCGGUACAGUGCCCUUACGAGGUGUACUGGUAUAACGAAAUAUAUACGGAGACGGCUUAAGAUUCGCCCUC